UGUUUCAGGAAUAGCAAGAAGUUGGCUAGGUUGCAGUGGCAUAUCGGAGACAAUAUGGCUUGUACAAGCACAGCUUCGUCACAAGUUGUUAUCUCCGCACUUGCUGUAAUUCACCCAGAAUCCAAAGGGAUAGAACCAAAGAUGUGGAUGGAUAGCGUGAAACAGACGUGCAUAUCUGAUGUGCCUUGGGACGGAAGCAUACCAUCAGUCCUUUGGCAUUGCCAUGCCUUUUCAUCUCAAGAAGUGGGUGUGGUGUUCAUGAAAAUCCUAAGUUAUGUUGAGCUAGUGGUGAAA